GGAAGUGAGAGUGCGAGGCCUCGUCCGCCAUUGUGGAGAAGAGAGAUAGAGGGAGCCCGGUCCAGAGCGAGAGUCAGAGCCCGGGGGGCGAGGAGCGCCAGAGAGAGGAGGCCGUCCCCACCGCUCCCCGCACACUGUGUGGGUGUCUGCUUCCUCUGCGGUAUAGACUAGGCGGCGGGGGUCUGUGUAGCCGUAUGUCCAGGGCGCAGCUGAUGUGUACACGUCCGUGUGUGUCCCUGCUCAGCGCCGUCCUCGUGUAGCCGCCCGCCCCGGCCGUGUAGACGUCUAGAGAGGCAUCACAGGGAGGGAUCACCCGGCGGCCCCGACCAUCUCCGCUCCACAGGAGAAUGUCUGCGACCAGCGUGGAUCAGUGACCUUUUUCUUUCUUUUUCCACGUUGUUGCAGAGACCUAAAGGACAGGGAAACAAAGUUGCAGUACAGAACGGUUCAAUGCAUCAGAAAGAUGCAGUAAACGAUGAUGACUUUGAGCCAUAUCUAACCAGCCAGACGAAUCAGAGUAAUAGCUAUCCACCAAUGUCAGACCCUUACAUGCCUAGUUAUUAUGCUCCAUCCAUUGGAUUUCCUUACUCCCUUGGUGAAGCAGCAUGGUCAACCGCAGGAGACCCACCGAUGCCGUACUUGUAUGGACAGAUGAGCAAUGGGGAACACCACUACAUACCAGAUGGAGUGUUUAGUCAGCCUGGAGCUUUGGGGAACACUCCUCCUUUCCUUAGCCAGCAUGGGUUUAAUUUUUUUCCUGGGAAUGCAGACUUCUCCACAUGGGGGACAAGUGGAUCUCAGGGACAAUCAACUCAAAGUUCUGCAUAUAGCAGCAGCUACGGAUACCCACCUAGUUCCCUCGGUAGAGCCAUUGCUGACGGACAAGCUGGUUUUGGCAGUGAUACUUUAAGCAAAGUGCCAGGGAUAAACAGCAUUGAGCAAGGAAUGACAGGACUUAAAAUCGGUGGGGACAUGACUGCUGCAGUAACAAAAACUGUUGGUUCAGCCUUGACUAGUGUAGGAAUGACUAGUAUAGCGGCAAAUAGUGUGCCUCCAGUUAGCAGUUCAGCCCCCAAACCAACCUCUUGGGCUGCCAUUGCUCGAAAGCCAGCAAAACCUCAGCCUAAACUUAAACCUAAGGGCAAUAUGGGUAUUGGUAGCACUGCAGUUCCUCCACCGCCUAUAAAACACAACAUCAAUAUUGGAACUUGGGACGACAAGGGGGCUGUGGUAAAGACCCCUCUUGCUCAGCCAAUUCUGCCUCCUCAGCCUGUAAUACAGCAGCCUCAGCCAUUAACUCAACCUCUACCCAUGGUGCAAAACCAACUGCCUCAACAGCAGCUUCAGCAACAGCCACAACAGCAACAAGGACCUCAGCAGCAGGCCCCCCCACACCAGGUGCAGCAGCAGCUCCAGAACCGCUGGGUGGCACCUAGGAACAGGGGAGUAGGCUUCAAUCAGAACAAUGUGACUGGCAAUGAGAACUUUAGCUUAGGUGUUGUGCCUGUUAGCUCCUCCCCUGGUGUUGAGGUUCACCCUGUACUGGAGAAAUUGAAGGCCAUAAACAACUAUAAUCCCAAAGACUUUGAUUGGAGUCUGAAAAAUGGGCGUGUGUUCAUAAUCAAAAGCUACUCAGAGGACGAUAUCCACCGCUCUAUCAAGUACUCGAUCUGGUGCAGUACUGAACAUGGCAAUAAGCGUUUGGAUGCUGCUUACCGAUCCUUGAAUGGUAAAGGCCCACUUUAUUUACUCUUCAGCGUAAACGGGAGUGGACAUUUUUGUGGAGUUGCGGAGAUGAAGUCUGUUGUAGACUAUAAUGCCUAUGCUGGAGUCUGGUCACAAGACAAGUGGAAGGGAAAGUUCGAGGUCAAAUGGGUCUUUGUCAAGGACGUUCCUAACAACCAACUGCGACACAUUCGUUUGGAAAACAACGAUAAUAAGCCUGUUACCAACUCAAGGGACACUCAAGAGGUACCCCUAGAAAAAGCCAAGCAAGUCCUUAAAAUAAUUGCGACUUUCAAGCAUACAACCUCUAUCUUUGAUGACUUUGCACAUUACGAGAAGCGUCAAGAAGAGGAGGAAGCCAUGCGUAGGGAGAGAAAUCGAAACAAACAAUAAUGAUAAUGGAGUUAACCCCUUGUAAACACUAAUGAUGCAGACUUUGGAAAUCGCCUACUUUGUGGAAGAAACAUAAUUAAUGCGUUUUAUUUCUGCUUAUGGCAACAUCCUUGAACACUUUAACAUGAAAUUGACUUUUUUUUUUUUCCUCCUUCCUCUUUAUGCAUAUUGGUUUUCAUCAGUGCAUCUGUCCUUGUACUCGUCACCAAACACUUGAGAACUUUAACUUUGUCAAGCACUUUCUGUCCUGAAGCUUUUAACCAGUAUCUACUGUCUUUUUGUAACCUAGUUAUGGCGCAGGAGUCCCAUUGAAUGCAAGGGUCCCUGUAUUUUUUUUGUUUUUUUUUCUCCUUCAGUACUAUUAGGAAAUUGGUUAGUUAUGAGAUUAUAAAUCAUGGCUUCAUUUAUUUUAUAUUUUUAAUUGUUUUUUGUUUUUGUUUUUUUGCUAGCUGUUAGAGUAAAAAAAUCAUGCCAUCUAUAAUUGAGGUGUUCAAUAAUUUUUGUAGUGACCUUUCUAUGGUAAACAAGGUCAUAUACUGUGUUGCCAUAUGUGCCCUUUUGUUUUAGUGUUAUAGGGGCACUCCGGCCCUAAUGCAUCUUAUCCCCUAUCCAAAGGAUAGGGGAUAAAAUGUAUGAUCGCAGGGGGUCUGCUGCUGGAGACUUCCGCAAUCUGGCAUUGCGCAUCCACCUUUGUGAGCUCACCGCAGCGUUGGAGGCUCAGUGUGUGUAGUGUGACGACCAGGGGGGCCAGAGUAUCCGGACGUCACGACUCUGCCCCGUGUGAUGUCACGCUCCACCCCCUCAAUGCAAGUCUAUUGAAGGCUACACACUGAGCCUCCAGUGCAAAGGUGGGUGCUCAAUCUCCAGCAGUGGGCCCCCUGCGAUCAUACAUCUUAUCCCCUAUCUUUUGGAUAAGGAAAAAGAUGUAUUAGGGCCGGAGUACCCCUUUAAGAAUAGAUACAGCUUUGUGGCAACCUCAAGUUUUAAAAUGUACUUUUAGUUUUGGAAAACAUAACAUAGUGCCAUGUCAGAGGCUUUGAUCAGUUAGGGUCCGGGUACUAAGAACCCCACUAGUCUGAAGGGGCAGAAGCAUGCUGAAUACGAUUGCCCUUUUAGACUCUUUGGUUCUGCUCAGCUCAACCCUGGAGAAGAUGGCUUAGCAGAGUACAAUACAUCUCCAAGAAGAUCCGACCACAGCUGAAAGGGCUUUAACCACUGCCCUUAUCCACUGAUAUGCCACUGUGACUUGUCAGUUGUUUCCUGAAACUAGAGGCACUUUAAUAUUCACUUUAGAAGAAUGAUGAGCCUCUAGUUGGCUGGGUUCACACACCAUAUUUUAUUUGUAACUUUCAUUUCAACCACUAAAAUCAGAACUUGUACAGCAGCAAAACUGCCACAGCCCCUGGUCCUGCCUCUAGAACAGUGUUCCCCAACCAGGGUGCAUCCAGCUGUUGCAAAACUUCAACUCCCAGCAAAACUACAGCUCCCAGCGCUCCAGGCAUGCUGGGAGUUGUAGUUUUGCAACAGCUGGAGUCACCCUGGUUGGGAAAUACUGCUCUAGAACAUGCUCGGUGAGAUCUUCAGAACACAUUCAUUCUAUAUAGUUUUCAUAUUCUGUACCAAGAUAUGAAACCCGAUAUAUUGGUUCCAGUUGGUGGCAUACAGUUGGAUGCCUUGUCCCGAAUAUGACAGUCAGUGCACUGGAGAUUGUGUUUGAAGGGUCUACAGCUUCAGGAAGUUAGUACAACAGAAUACUCAGCAUACCACUGUGAUAUAAUUUGUCAGACCUAUAGACGACCUGACUGUUGUGAGCCCUGCUAAAACAAAUCAGCUUUGUCAGUAAAGGGAUGUCCAUUUUAAAGGGGUUUUCCAGUAGAACCUUAUUGAUAGUCUAUACCCACGGUAGCCCAUCAGUGUCUGAGACUCCACCCCACCAAUCAUUUUGACAGAGCCAUGGUACCCACAAUGUACAGUGAAUGGAGCCAGAAGCAGAGUGCUCCAUAUGUUUAAUGGUCGUACUGGGUUACUGCAGUUCAACCCCCUCUGAAGUGAAUGCUAACUGUUCUGCAGUAACCAAGUAAGGCUGGGACUUCACUGCGUGUGACCAGAAAUCACUGAUCAGAUUGUGCUGCCAGGGUCUUGUGGCAUCGCAAUUCAUUCAAGUGAGUGGGGUCCCUUUACGACCCACAAGUGGCUGAGACCCCACAAUUGCUGGGAAUCCAUAAUGGAUGGGUUUCUUGAAACUGAGUUUGUGGCUGGAGCCACUUGGGGACAUAUAUCCCAGAUUUUGCCAAGUUUUUAGACGUAUACUUUUAAAUGUGGCAAAAAGGAACGACUGAGGAUAAGGAUAAAGGGGUACUCCGCCACAAGCAUCUCAUCCCCCUAUCCAAAGGAUAAGAUGUUAGAUUGCGGGGGUCCCGCAGAUGGGGACCCCCACGAUCUUCGUGCUGACAGCGGCGCCGUCAGGAAUGCGGAAGCUGCACGCCACACCCCCUCUAUUCAUGUCAAUGGGAGGAGGCGUGACUGCUAUGAUGUAGCUGUCAUGCCUCCUCCCAUAGAAGUGAAUAGAGGGGUGUGUGGUGGCCGCAUCACCAGUCAUCGAACAAAGAGUGGAGUUUGCUCCAUGCGCUGAAUGACGGGUGCCAUGCCUGAGAUAGGGGAUAAGAGGUUUGCAGCGAAGUACCCCUUUUAAAGGUUCCUAAACAGAGGUGCAGACCUAUUCCCAUGUUUAAUAUGUGGUGUGUUAACCCAGGCCUAUUGCCAGAAUCUUACAAAUGAGCCCCAGUAAGUAUGCUUUAGCUUGAUACCAAUCUCGAUGUACCUCAGUCCAGGGUAGACGUUUUACAAUCUAUUUAAUUCUUUUUAACUUCAGUUUGUAUUCCUGGGCUUUCACAGACCUGACCAAGUGCUCUCAUGAAAUAGAAACCUUCUCCUUUUAACUAGCUAAUAAAAAAAGGUAAUCUUUAGCACGCAUUCAUGUGGCGAUCGGCACUUUUCUGUUUUGUUACGGCUCUCUAACUCUUGGAAUAACUUUAUGGGCACUGUUUGUCGCAUUUAAGUCCACUCGUAGAUCCCUCAGCCCAUAUUGUGAUUUUAAGUGCCUCGUUUUUAUUUUAUUUUUUUCAUUUUGUCCUAGUAUAGAGAAAUAAUCUGAUAAUGUAUUACAGGCAAACGUAUUAAUGUAAAGUCUAUGAGCCUGAAAAUACGGCAGUAGUCGUGCAUUCUCUCCAAAGCUGCUUUCUAGCUUCAACUUAUGUAAUCUUGGGGUCAUUUUCCUAGUAGAAAUGUAUUUCUAUGCUAAUCCUGUUUGUCCAUGAUAAAUCAUGAAGAUUGUGUUACUUGCCGUUACUUUUUGUUUUCAUAGUAAAGAAUGGUUGACAUAUCUACACUUCUGAAACAAAUUCUAACAACUUAGUAUAUUUAAUUUCAUUUACAUGUAGUCAAUGCUUCUAUAUUGAAUUGAGAGAGUCUAUGUAUUUCCAUACUGAAAUAAAUUUAAGAUGACGUACAGUAUGCUAUGACAGUUGUGAAACUGGCUGAACACUUGGAUGUCAAUGUUGUAAUGAUGGGUCAUUGAAUGGAAAUGUUAAAUGGCUUCCAAUGGAAAACUGUUGGCACUGAAAAAAAGCAGUUUCUUAAAGGGUUACUAUGAUUUAAAAAAAAAAUAAAAAAAUAUAUAUAUAACUUUUGACGUAGCCCAGACAUGUCAAGUUAUGAUCACGCUGUCUUAUUUCUAAGCAGAGGUUGUUCACAGCAGUGUGUGGCACAUUUUGUCUGUCAAUCAAAUCUGACCUUUUCCUCUAUAGAGGUCUAUGCAGCAAAAAGGUCAGAUCUAGCAGCUGGCUGGGGAACCCAAAUUAAAGUCACACCUGGAUUAAAACUAGCAAUCGCAGAGGGUCUCAGGUUUGAGACCUUGUGUGAUCAUGACCUGUCUGGGUCCCUGUAAAGUGUUUCUAAAACCCUGUAAAGUGUUUCUAAAAUUUCACAUAACUUUCUGAGGAAAGCCAGGAAUAAAGGAAGAGUAGCAGUGCUUAUGGGAAUUUUUGUAUCCCUUUGUUUUACUUAUUUGCUGGAGUUUCAGCAUCCAAAUCUGAUCACAACUUCUACCAUGUCAGAAGCUAUGUGAAUAUUUAGGUAUACUUUAGAGGCUAGCUCCAGAUGAUGAUAUAUAUGCAUUUGGGUAUGAAAAAAAAUCUGUCAUCAGUGUCACCUGCCCUAACAUGUCUGUACAGGUGACACUGAUGACAACGGUACUUACCUUGUUCUAUGCUUUGGUUCACCGGCAAUCCUCUUUGGUAUCUUCAACUCUAGGCCUGACUUUGAGCAUGGGCAGAGAACAGCAGCGGUGACAUCACUAAGCUCCGCCCAUGCUCAGUCAGGCCCGGAGCUGAAGAUACCAAAGAGAAUUGCUGGAGAACCACAGAAGGGGACAAGGUAAGUACCAUUGUCAUCAGUGUCACCUGCACUUCCUGUCUGUACCGACAAGUUAGUGCAGGUGACACUGAUGACGGAUUUCCUUUAAUCUCAAUCCCUUCACCAUUCUUGACUGUGGCCCAGGAUGCUGACAAAUGUUAUGUCAGGUCAUCACACUAGAUAAUUUGGGGUUGUUAAUGGUUUUAUUUCCCUGGCACAACAUCCAUUGCGGUUACUUCUGUUAAAUGAGAGCUUUCAUUGUGGGGUCUUUUUAACGGUUGACACCUGAAUUUUUAGGUUUUAGUGUAAAAUUAAGGUCGCUAUGAACCACACAUGGGCCAUCGGCUAUCUCUACUCAUCUUUCUAUGCACAUGAACGUUUUGCACGACUAAACAUUUAUGUGUUGUGAAUGGAGAGAGAGUAAUCUGCUGCCAGAUAAUACUAUGGGGCACUUGAAAUCCAACAUGCCUGACACGUCUCUCCUCUGACACCAUCUGGGAGGCCCCCAUACAUGUUAAAGCCAGAUGAUUUUCACCAAAGUUGGUUGAUACUUUUUGACAAAAUGUUUUUUUUUUUCCAUUAGGAUACUGUGAGGUGAUAAAGAAAUUACUGACCUAUAAGGUUGGGAAAUCUAUGUAGUGAGAAUGUCUGAACUUACUUUGGUUAACUAAGGAUCUAUGUGCACAAAUCUGGUCAGAUUUAAUUUUGCAGGAAUCUUGGUAGAAGUGAAAAUUAUAGCACCCUGUGUGAAUGUACUGUAAGGCUGGUACCAUACACAGCAUUUUCCACUGUAGUUUGAUGUGCCAAAGCCAUAUGUGUAUUCAUAUGGAAUGAGAAAUACAAAUGAAGGACUAAUACUACUUCCUGCUGGGUCCACUUCUGGCUUUGGAAUAAAAAAUACUGACGUAUGGGGCCUGUAGUCAUCAAUGUCCAUGGCAGCUGUGAAUAACCAACUUGGCCUUUUACUUUUGGAAGGCAAAACUCAAGCUUAUGUCCUUAAUGUUUUAAAGGGGUUAUCUAAGGUUAGAAGAAUUUAAUUAUAAUUUAAUUUAAUUCUGGAUAAGAUUGAGGCCAACUUUUUUUCACCCAAUACACUGACAAUUCAUUGAUAUUAAAGGGGUACUCCAGCCCUAAGACAUCUUAUCCCCUAUCCAGAGGUUAGGGGAUAAGAUGUCUGAUUGCAGGGGACCCCCGCAAUCUCUCAUGCAGCACCCACCCGUCUCAGCUGCACGCAGAGUUGGAGGCUCCGUGUCUAAAGCCUCUCGACCACGGGGCUGGAGUAUCGUGAUGCCUCAACUCCGCCCCCUUGUGAUGUCACGCCCCUCAAGUCUUUGGGAGGGGGCAUGACUUAUAAGAUGUCUUAGGGCCGGAGUACCCCUUUAAUGGGAACAAUGUAAUGCUACUUUUUUUCCACUGUGGUGGUGCUGCAGAGAAAUUGAACGCUUACUGCAGGAUACCCCAACAUUUGACAGCUUGUCAGAUAUCCUGUGAUCACCUGUCAGCUUGGAUACCCUUCUAAAGUGUACUUGUCAUUUAGAAAAACUUUUGAACUUGUGUAAUGUUUUGACUAUGGGGUCUUAGUCCUGGAGCUCUCAUCACUUCCCAGCUUGCAGUGAUCUACAUCCAGCUUCUCUGGAAGAUACCAUAGACUUAUAAAAUGGCUGCUGGAUGGAAAUCACUGAAAGCCGUGGGCUGAAGUCUGUCUCCCUGCUCAUUCUUCUGAUCGGUGGGGGUCUCAGCACGGAGACUUUAACUGAUCAAAACAUUUGACGACAUGUCUCUGUGACAUUUUAAAGAUUGCCCAAAGACAAUUUCUUGCAGUUUGUAGUAUUUUCUAUAAAAUACAUGUUGCAGUAAAGCCAUGAUAUUACUCUAGUACAUUUUUUUUAUAUUUCUUCCCUUAAUAAGAACUUCAUAAUGACCUUAUAAUUGUGUUUUAAUUAAAUAUUGCCCUUUUUUAAUACUUUUUAUCAUCAGAAUUUGGUUGGUACUAAAAGCGGUAUUCCAGGAUUUUGGAACUUUUAGCCUGUGUACUACUGAUGUCAAGUUAUGUAUGGUGUCAGUAUGCUUGAAUUACCUAUAUGGGGUGUAUUGUGUGUUUUUGGUGGGAUCCUUGUCCCUGGAGGUUUAGCAUUCUUGUGCUGUAUGGGUUACUGUAGUCUCCAGAAUCUCAUUUUCCUGUGCAGCUCGAGACAGUUGAUUACAGGGUGCGGCUCAUCUGUAUAUCCUGACAUGCCAGCCUUCAGUGCGUUCACCGCUGUCACAUCAUCUCAGAGCAGAUAGUGGGCGUCACAAUUUACCAAAAAGGUGCACAGGACUUGAUAAAUUUUGCUCAACUAUAGAAACCAGUGAGCUGCAGAGAUUGGUUUAAGCUUUGUGAACUAGCAUCUGACACUUUUGUAUGUGUCCUAUUAGGAGGUUUGCACUAAAAAGUAGGCUUUGCACAAAGAAGAAAAAAAAAACACUUCUAAAUUUAAUUUGCACAAAUAAUAAAUACAGCUCCACUGCAAAAGGUGGUGUACAGUGCACCAAACAGUAGACAACUUUGAAAGAUGGUCUACUAAAAAUUUCACCCAAAAAAUUGUGCAAAAAAUGCAAUUUUUGCAGGGACAUUUAGAACAUUGAAGUAGUGUAAAGCGAAUGAUAAAUCUUACCCAUUGACACCGUAAUAACGUGGCAUCAGGGGGACAUAGAUUAAAUGUUCCAAAAUCCUGGAACGUCCCUUUUAAGGUUUUUAGCAUUACUAGUAGGUAGACUUGAAAUAAAAUGCCCCAUAUGUGACGGGGGCUAUUAAAGGGUUACUCCGGCCCUGACAUCUUAUCACGGGGUCCCGCCACUGGGGACUCCCGCGAUCUUGUAUUCGCCACACACCUGUUUGUGAGCUGGCACUGCGGUGUGCAGCUCAAACAGGCGGAAGGCGACCACGGUGCCGAACUAACUUGAUGUCACAUCUCCGCC